CAUGGACCAUGGUAUGUGUAUAUAGCGCAGCCAUAUUGUUGCUGUCACAUACUGAAUGAUAUUCGCUUUUGAUCUUUUUAAUUUUUAUUCCGAGUCAUUCACAUACCAUACUAUAACCAACAAUACAAUAUUCAUAAAUAUUUAUUAUUAACUAUUAUUGUUUAUAAUAAAUAUGGAAGAAAUGAGUGUUAUUUUACCUGAUAAAGAUGUGCUUGAAAUUGAACCAAAGCCAUUUGUUGGGUAUCAUUCAGCUGCUGGUGAUGAGCUUGAUAUUGAAGAUUUGUACACAAGAUACAAGAAACUUCAACGACAACUUGAAUUUUUAAAAGUACAAGAAGAAUAUAUUAAAGAUGAACAACGUAAUUUAAAAAAAGAAUAUUUACAUGCUCAGGAGGAAGUUAAAAGAAUUCAAAGUGUACCACUUGUUAUUGGUCAAUUUUUAGAGGCAGUUGAUCAAAAUACUGGUAUUGUUGGUUCAACAACUGGCUCAAAUUAUUAUGUUAGAAUAUUAUCAACAAUUGAUCGUGAAUUAUUAAAACCAUCAGCAAGUGUUGCACUCCAUAAACAUAGUAAUGCACUUGUUGAUGUAUUACCACCAGAGGCUGAUUCAAGUAUAUCAAUGUUACAAGCUGAUGAAAAACCAGAUAUUCAAUAUUCUGAUAUUGGAGGUAUGGAUAUGCAAAAACAAGAAAUACGUGAAGCUGUUGAAUUACCAUUAACUCAUUUUGAGCUUUACAAACAAAUUGGUAUUGAUCCACCAAGAGGUGUACUUAUGUAUGGACCACCUGGUUGUGGUAAAACAAUGUUGGCUAAAGCUGUUGCUCGUCAUACAACAGCAGCAUUUAUACGUGUUGUUGGUUCUGAAUUUGUACAAAAAUAUCUUGGUGAAGGACCAAGAAUGGUACGUGAUGUAUUUCGUCUUGCUAAAGAAAAUUCACCAGCAAUAAUAUUUGUUGAUGAAAUUGAUGCUAUUGCAACAAAACGUUUUGAUGCACAAACUGGUGCUGAUCGUGAAGUACAACGUAUAUUAUUAGAAUUAUUAAAUCAAAUGGAUGGUUUUGAUCAAACAACAAAUGUCAAAGUUAUCAUGGCAACAAAUCGUGCUGAUACACUUGAUCCAGCAUUAUUACGUCCUGGUCGUCUUGAUAGAAAAAUUGAAUUUCCAUUACCAGAUCGUCGUCAAAAACGUCUUAUAUUUUCAACAAUAACAACUAAAAUGAAUUUAAGUGAAGAAGUUGAUCUUGAAGAUUAUGUUGCACGUCCAGACAGAAUAUCUGGUGCUGAUAUUAAUGCCAUUUGUCAAGAAGCUGGUAUGCAUGCUGUACGUGAAAAUCGUUAUAUUGUACUUGCCAAGGACUUUGAAAAAGGAUACAAAAAUAAUAUUAAAAAAGAUGAAUCUGAGCAUGAAUUUUAUAAAUAAAUAAUUUGCUACAAUUCAUUUUUAUUAUCACAUUAUCUUCUUCUUUUAUUAUCAUCAUCAAUUAAAAAAUUAACUUGUAUUUAAUCAAGUCUACAAAAUUAUUGUCAGGCAAAUACUACUAUAAUAAUCAUAAUAAUAAAAUUUAAAAAUAAUAAAAAAA